AUGAAAAAUAAAAGGAUUACUGUCGUAAGCAACAGGCUCCCUCUGAAGGCCAAAAAAGAAGAGGGCAAGUACACAUACACAAAAACAUCCGGAGGGCUUGUCACUGGGCUCAGCGGGGCGCAGGGCUCUCUUAACUUCAGAUGGAUGGGCACGCUGGAGGGCGUGGACCCUGAAGAUCAAGAGACAGUUCGGGAGGAGUGCUUGAAAAACUACAACUACUAUCCAAUCUUCAUAGAAGACGACCUGUACGACAAAUACUACAACAACCUCUGCAACGAAGUGCUGUGGCCGCUUCUGCACUCGUUUUCCGACUUGACUUCUUUCAACAUUUCAGACUACAUCGCCUACAAGAAAGUCAACACACUGUUUGCCCAGGAGAUACUCAAAACCAUCCAGCCAGGAGACAUGGUGUGGGUGCACGACUACCAUCUUAUGCUUCUCCCCAUGAUGAUACGGCAGGAGGCAAAGAACACAGUCAAAAUAGGGUACUUUCUGCACAUUCCGUUCCCCAGCUACAGCAUUCUUAAGGGCUCUCCAAUACUCUACCCUCUUGUCAACGGCAUGCUUGGGUCAGACCUGGUUGCUUUCCACACGUUCGAGUAUCUUUCCAACUUCAAGAACGCAUGCGAGCUGUGCGAGGCAGAGGAGGUUUCUCUCCUGUCGAUUCGGGUCCAGGAUAGAACAGUCCGGCUGGAGGCUCUUCCCAUAGGAAUAGACCCGGGCCUUUUCCAAAAUGAGUCCCUCAAACAGACAACGAUAGAACGAGGGCGAGAGCUCAAAAAGAGGUUUAAAAACAAAAAAAUCAUUCUGGGAAUUGACAGAGUGGACUACAUAAAGGGAAUUCCGCACAGAAUAAAGGCGUUUUCAAAGCUGAUUCAGGACAACCCGGAGCUGGCCGACAAGGUGGUGUUUUGCCAAGUGGGGGUCCCCAGCAGAACAGACGUGAAGGUGUAUGCAACGCUUUCCGACGUUUUGUGCAGGCUGAGCGGGUCUCUUAACUCGUCUGGCUGCAUUGAAGACACCCUAGUCUAUUUCAUAAACAACUCAAUCUCCUUCAUGGAGCUGUGCGCCUUGUAUUCUGUCUCUGACGUGUGCGCGAUUUCCUCGCUUAGAGACGGAAUGAAUCUGGUUGCGCUGGAGUUUGUCGCGUGCAUGGGGACCGGCGUGCUGGUCAUGAGCGAGUAUGCAGGAGCUGCGGGGAUGCUAACAGGCUCUGUGUACGCGAACCCGUGGAACAUCAAAGAGCUAUCGCAGGCAUACAAGGAGGCUCUUCUGAUGCCCGAAGACGCCAGAAUAGAGAGAAAGACCCAGAUGCAUAAGAUAGUGGACAAGUUCACGGCCGAGCACUGGGCAGACCGGUUCAUAUCGAUACUCGAGAAAGACGUUUAG